GCCCCCGAGGGGACUGGCGGGGAUUGGGGCUGCCUGGCUCCCCGUAGCCCAGCGGGGAGUGCUGGGGGCGGGCGCACUUCAGGGCCCGGGAGCGGCGAGUUAAAUAUCGGCUCCGGGCGGCGGCUGCGCUCCGGCCUCCGUCCCUCCCUCCUUGCGCCGAGCCCGCCCCCGCCGAGCCCCGGGAGCAGCCAGGCCCAGGCCAGGCCCCGGCCCCGGCGCCGAGCGAGCCCCCGCGAGGAGCGGCCAUGGCCGGGCUGUGGGCGCCGCCCGAGCCCCUGAGCGCGGCGCAGCUGAGGCGGCUGGAGCAGCAUCGGUACAGCGCGUCCGGGCGCUCGCUGCUGGAGCCGCCGCUGCAGCUCUACUGGGCCUGGCUGGUGGAGCAGAUCCCGGCCUGGCUGGCCCCCAACACCAUCACCCUGAGCGGCCUCCUGCUCAACCUGCUCACCACGCUGCUGCUCAUCGCCUACUGCCCCAGCGCCACCGAGCAGGUACCGCCGGCCAGAGGGUCCCUCUGCCGCCCCCUUCAGCGCCCCCCACCCCCCUCAGCCUCCCAGAGACGCCACCGAGCAGGACUCUUUGUUUACCAGUCCCUGGAUGCUAUUGAUGGGAAACAAGCCAGAAGAACAAAUAGUAGUUCCCCCUUAGGGGAACUUUUUGACCAUGGCUGUGACAGUAUUUCCACAGUUUUUGUUUCCAUUGGAGCCUGCAUAGCUGUUCGACUGGGAACGAACCCUGACUGGCUGUUUUUCUGUUCUUUUGUGGGAAUGUUCAUGUUUUAUUGUGCUCACUGGCAGACAUAUGUAUCGGGCAUGUUAAAGUUUGGAAAGCUUGAUGUAACUGAAGUUCAGAUAGCCAUAAUAAUCCUCUUCUUGAUGUCUGCAUUUGGUGGAACUACUAUGUGGGACUAUAAGAUCCCUUUGAUAGACCUAAAAUUGAAGACUUUUCCUGUUCUUGGAAUAGUGGGUGGAGCAUUAUUUUCCUGUUCCAACUAUUUCCACGUCAUCUUUGGUGGUGGAGUUGGCAAAAAUGGAUCUACAAUCGCAGGCACUAGUGUUCUUUCACCAGGCCUCCAUAUAGGGCUAGUUAUCACUUUGGCAAUAAUGAUCUAUAAAAAAUCUACAACUCAGCUGUUUGAAAAGCAUCCUUGCCUCUAUGUCUUAACAUUUGGAUUUGUGAGUGCUAAGAUCACACAAAAAUUGGUGGUGGCCCACAUGACAAAAAGCGAGAUCUAUCUUCAAGAUACUGCAUUUAUUGGGCCAGGUCUUCUAUUUUUGGACCAGUACUUCAACAGUUUUAUUGACGAAUAUAUUGUUCUAUGGAUAGCAUUGGUCAUAUCCUUGUUUGAUUUGCUGAGAUACUCCACUGGUGUAUGCAUGCAGAUUGCUGCUCACCUUCGCAUACAUGUCUUCAGAAUUUCAUCACUUCAAGCUCCUGAACAGGUGCAAGUUGUUUCUUCACUGAGCCAUCAGAAUAACAUGGACUGAAGAGAUUUGCGAACAGUUGCCAUCUCUUGCUGUUGCUGUUACAAGAAAGGAGAUAACACUGAACAAAUGCAACAUUUAGGAAAAAAAUACCACAUCAGUCUGAUAUAUUGAAAGAAUUAAAAGUGAAUGUUAAAUGGUUUUUCUACUUAAUGUUCUGUCUUUACAUUUUUAACUGUUUUUCCCCAUAAAUCAAUGCUAAUA